AUGUCGGAUUCUGUGGAUCGAGUCUUCGUCCACGCCCUCAACACCGUUAAACGCAUCCCCCGUACCGGCACCGCCCGGCCGCCGGCCUCGGAGCGAUUGAAGCUCUAUGGCCUGUACAAACAAAGCAUGGAGGGCGACGUGGAGGGGGUGAUGGACCGACCGGUCGGGAACACGGCGGAUGUGUAUGCGGAGUGCGAGAAGUGGGAUGCAUGGUUCGCGCAACGUGGAUUAUCCCGCACCGAGGCCAAACGUCGAUACAUCUCCACGCUCAUCGAGACCAUGCACCGCUAUGCGUCGCAGACGCCCGAGGCCCGCGAGCUGGUUUCCGAGCUCGAGUUCGUCUGGGACCAGGUCAAGAUCAAUACCUCCGCGUCGUCGGCGUCCAGUAGUAGUCCCGUGCAGGCCGUUGCUCCGCCCUUGUCGCUGUCCCAGCCUAGCUAUGGGAGCAUCGGGGGUCGCUUGGCUCGCCCUGACUAUGAGCAUAUGGUGGCUACGGCGCGCGGCGGUGACUCGCGGCUACGCGUGCUGAGUCCCGUGAGUCAGCCGGAGGAGGUGUUUCAGCGGCACGGGUCCCGUGGGGUCCCGGUGCAGGAGGACGAUGACGAGGAUGAGGAGUAUGCGGAGGCGCAGGAUAAUCUUGACGAAGAUGAUGACGAUCAUGACCAUGACGAUGGCUCGUAUAACAAUGGCCCCGAGGAGGGGAGUGAGCUGGACGCCGAUGAGGCCGUACGACGCGGUCGUGGGCGCACCGGCCCCAAGAAACCCCCGGAUGUCGAUCCUCGGCGGUGGCGGCGCAGAGUCGAGCAGGCCUUGACGAACAUGACCGCUGAGAUUGCCGCGGUUCGGGAGCAGAUGGAAGCCCGCGCCGUGGCCCAUCGGCGGCGGAAUAGCCUCUGGGCGUGGCUGAAAUGGCUCGUCUGGGUCACGCUCCGCCAGGUCAUCUGGGACCUGGCCAUUCUGGGGAUGCUGUUGAUCUGGAUGCGCAUUCGCGGAGACCGACGGCUGGAGAACAAGCUCAAGGUCGGGUGGGCCGAGGUGAAGACGCGGUUGUUGAAGUUGAAAGGGCUUCGACGGAUGUCCAAGGUACAUAAAUGCCCUUAG